GUUAGCUGCGCGCUUGCGCACUGCGGACCUGUAGUGGCGAGAAUUGUGAAUGGGGGGUGCCUUUUGGGUGUGCAGUCAUAAGUCGGGCUCGGACGAGCCAGGAAGUAACUUCGAACUAUGAAGAGAGACGGUUAAAGUGAGGCGAGAAGCUUUUGUUGUCAGGGGAUUGAACACACGCCGCUGAUCGGAAAGGAGUCAUAGCCAAUAGCAAAAGCCACCCAUAUUGCUCGCAGUGGCCAAAAUUGGCCUCAGUAGCUGGGUUUUGAGACUGGGGAAAAACAAAGCACUAGUGCAUUAUAGCGCAGUUUACAUCGGAUCAUUGCUGUAGUGAGUCACUUAAAACCAGGCAACGUAUACAAGAGGAAGGAAGAGAGUACAAGCGCGACCUGCGGGAGUCCAGCGUUUCUCUAGCGGCGUGACAAAUAAGAGAAGGCACGAAAAUUGAUCAAAUAAUAUUUAAGAUGCCUCGGGUGGUCCCGGAUCAGAGAAGCAAGUUCGAAAACGAGGAAUUCUUCAGAAAGCUCAGCCGGGAGUGCGAGAUAAAGUACACCGGUUUCCGAGACAGACCCCACGAGGAAAGACAAGCAAGGUUCCAAAAUGCUUGUCGGGACGGACGCUCGGAAAUUGCUUUUGUGGCGACGGGAACCAAUCUCUCGCUGCAGUUCUUCCCAGCCAACCUGCACGGGGACCAGCGCCAGGCUCCCACACGAGAGUACGUCGACUUUGAGCGUGAGACAGGAAAGGUGUAUCUGAAGGCGCCGAUGAUCCUGAACGGUGUCUGCGUCAUAUGGAGGGGCUGGAUCGACCUGCAGCGGCUGGACGGCAUGGGCUGCCUGGAGUACGAUGAGGAGAGAGCACGGCAUGAGGAUGCCCUGGCCCAGCAGGCCUAUGAGGAGGUGCGCAGGAGGAACCGAGAAUUCGAAGACAGGGAUCGCUCCCACCGUGAAGACCUGGAGGCCAGGCGGCAGCAGGAGCCCAGCCCCGGCUCGAACAUGGGGAAUGCCGACGACCACAAGAUGCGCUAACAACACGGGACACGGGUGCGGGGGGGGGGGGACUUAGGGGCAUGGGGGCGAGUCAUGUGACCCUCACACCAUGGCCAUCUUUCAGUGUGGCACCGAGCUGAAUAUGGAAGAGACCAAAGUUCAAGGGGCUGGGGGGUGAGGGGGAGAGUGGGGCGAGUCAUUGGUCAUUCUUCUUGGGGAUGGGGGGGUUGGUUUUAUGGUGUGGUGGGGGGGUCAUUGGGGUAGUAAUGCAGUGGGGUUGGCAGACUUUCCCCGAUUCCCCCCCCCACCUCGUUUCUUGGGUGUUUUUGCACUAUGUGGCAGACACAGUUCAGUUCCCACAAUGCCUGUUGUAUGCAUGGAACUCCUAUCGAUUCUUCUGUUUUCUUUGUCCCCUAUGCAAGCUUUAUUGUUUUCAAGCACUAUUUUAAUACAACAGCAUUUCUAUUAUUUUAUUAAUAUUUUGUCUAAAAAGUCAGGAUGUUUACUUUUUUUGUAUUUUUGAUAUUUGUAGGUCAGUUUCCUGAUUUAGAGUUGGAUACAAUUAAGAUGUAACAAGGUAAAAUGUUUUGGAACUUGUUUGAACAUCAAUAUAAACUGUACGGAUAUGAAACAUUUUAAGAUAAAAGCUGCUGCUUUAUUAGGUGAAAAGGCCUUUUUCCACACUUCAAUCAGAAUAUUCCCUAUUUUCUCAAAUUUAUCUCUGUCUCUGGUCACACAUGACUCGACAGACGUAGAAUGGGGACUGUAUCUGAUUUGGGUAAAUAGAACAGGAUGAUAAAUUGGUUUACAUCUUGUUCAUUUUGCUGCAUUCGAGUAAAGCUGUUGUUCUGUGCGGAAAUCUAUAGCUAACAGGGUAAUAUGUAACAUUACUACAAUGUCGUUGUAUUAUCAUUCAUUUCAUCCCAUCAGUGACGCAAAGGUGACAUUUUUAGGGUAAAUACGGCAGCUGAAUGCACAGAAUUGAAAUUUGGUUUGGAUCCUCAGCCAUCUGUGUUCCUCUUCCAGUUAACCCAGAACACUUGAGCGCGGCUCUAUAAAACGUGCACGUUUCAAUGUUAACAAUCAAAUGUAAUUGUUUGCCUUCCGGGUGGGAAUGGUUACAGCACUUCCUUCAUGGGCCACUGUAAUAAAUUUGUAUCAUCGUAGUAGUAAUUCAGGUGUAUGCAUGCCCCCUGGUGGAAGGAGUAGGUUCAUGUACUGGAAGCUCGUUGCCUCGUUGCUGAGAAUGCAUUGCUCUUUGGUUUAUUGAUGGCUGAGUGAUCAGUCAUUUGUUUUGGCUGGGAAUUUGAUGUAAUGGAUUGAUCUGUUUUAUGUACAUCAAUGCAUGAACUUCACUGUGCAGGUUAGAGGAAAGGUACAUAUUGUAGAAUUUUUUUCUCUUGGUUUUGAAAGUGUUCUAACUGGUCCGAAACUGGGGAGGCUGGAUAUGAGCCUUAUGAAGGUGGUUGAAGGAAAGCAAUGAAUGAGACUCGGGUCUUGGGUCUUACCUGAAGGUUUUUAUAAGAAUGUGGUGGUGGUGGGGGGGAGAUGGACUGUGAUGCAAGAGGCAAGUGGAAGUUAGGUCUGCGUGAGGGGGUCCACGUUUGAUUACUGGUCGAGAGUAAAACCAAAUCCCCUUUUGGGUUUUAAUUUUAUUAAGAUAUUAAAUUUGAAAUUUUCAAACUUGAUUUACUUUCAACUGAAUAUUUGGAGGAGAGUCCAUAACAGGAAUGUGAUUGAAAUUGCAUAAUCCUUAAACAGGUCAGAAAGAACAUUGUCAUAUAAUGAUUGACAGACAGGGGGCGUCGUUGUGUAAUGUACUUUACGUGCCUGUGAGCAGUCAGUGUAGUUUUUCCUUCACCCUUUAUUUUUGUUUAUUAAGUCAUUUCUGGAGUGCUUGACCAAGUUCACAACUAAUUAGCAUGUUUUGAAAUGAUCUAUCAAUAAAAUGACACCUGGAUCUAUGCCCAUGUCUAGUUUACAUAUUAAAACUGAAAGAUUAUCGUGUAUUGUCCAUUUAACAAUAGCACUGCUUAAUCAUUUGUUAGAUGUCGGAAACUAUUUAAGACCUACCUCCAACUUAUACCAAAAAGAAGUUUUGGGAUUUUUUUCCACAGCUUUUGUAUGUAAUCCUGUAUCUAUGUAAUAAUGUUCCAACAGGGUCAUAGUAUUGUUAGGAAAACAUUAUACAUAUCCGGGGUUGUAUGUGCAUUUUCCCCACUUUUUUCCUUACCACAUAUUGGUAUUUGCAGUCAAACUGAACUUUCUCAGCCAAAGAGUUUGGCGAACAUCUAGGUACAGAUGAUAGCCUUAGUAGCCGCGACGGACAGUGUCGCCCCCUUCCUCAGGGCAUUGGCCGCUGCCCAGCGCCCCUUUAAAAGCCUGCCCUAUACUCAUUCAUCCCUUCUUAAUGCUGGCAUUAAGGCCGGGAGUUACACACAGUUAACUGUCUACUGGAAAGCUUGCCUCAUCUUUUUUUAUUGAUUAAUUUUCUUAUUUGUUUAAGUUAUUGAAGCAAACGGAGCUUUGUUCAGUUUUCAGGUUCGGUUAUGAAGAAAAGACAAUGUGUACUUCUGUUUUUCCUGUUUUUCAAUGGUUGCCUUAUGUGACAAAGAUCGCUUUCGCUACAUUUUACUUUGUUGGGGAAAUGACUGAUUCUGAAGUGUUUUUUUUUUCUUUUUUCUUAAUAAACUUGUAUCAAAUUUAA